AGCAUCCUCUCAUUUUUUUUUUCAUUCCACUCUAAAUUUCACAGAAGAGUGGGUUUCUCUUUUUUCACCCCCAUUUCUGAAAUUCUCAUUUUUCUUUCUUUCUUUCUCACAUUCUACUCUACAACCAACAUUCUUCCUCUAUCCUCCCAAUCAGUUACAGAAGAAUCACUCCCACUUAUGAGCUUCCAACGGAGGGAUAAUAGGGUUCCUCGUCGUCGUCAGCAAUGGACUCCUAGACCAUCCUCAACUACCAACCAGUUAUUACCUCAACUUCUGCAAGAGAUUCAGGACAAGCUUACCAAAGGCACCGUCGAAUGCAUGAUUUGCUACGACAUUGUGCGCAGAUCUUCCCCUAUCUGGUCAUGCUCUAGUUGCUACUCCAUCUUUCACCUCAACUGUACAACCAAGUGGGCUCGUGCACCAACUUCAUCAUCCCAAACUAGCAUUGAUUGGCGCUGCCCCGGCUGUCAAUCUGUGCAACUCACCUCAUCCAAUUCCAUCAGGUACUUUUGCUUUUGUGGGAAGACACCUGACCCUGCAUCUGACUUUUAUCUCACGCCACAUUCAUGUGGAGAACCUUGUGGGAAGCCUCUUCAAAAGACGGGGGAUCUUUGCCCUCAUGUUUGUGUCUUGCAAUGUCAUCCUGGUCCGUGUCCUCCUUGCAAAGCAUUUGCCCCUCCUCGUUUGUGCCCUUGUGGCAAGAUUACUAUUACCACUCGUUGUUCCGACGACCAAUCCCUUAUUACAUGUGGACAACAAUGUCAAAAGCUUCUUCAAUGUGGGCGUCAUCGCUGUCACCAAAUUUGUCAUCUCGGUCCUUGUGACCUGUGUCGUGUUCCAAUCGACGCCUCUUGCUUUUGCAAGAAAAGUUUGGAGGUUAUUCUUUGUGGGGACAUGGCUGUCAAGGGUGAAUACAAAGCAGAAGCUGGAGUUUAUUCCUGUGGUUCCACCUGUGGAAACAAACUUGCAUGUGGUAAUCACAUGUGUAUUGAGACCUGUCAUCCGGGAAGUUGUGUUGAGUGUCCAUUGUUGCCAACCAAUGUUAAGACAUGCUUCUGCGGGAAAACUAGGUUGGGUGAGGAACGGCUGAGUUGUUUAGACCCAAUUCCUACAUGUUCACAAGUAUGUGGCAAGACCCUUCCUUGCGGUAUGCAUCAUUGUACACUGACAUGCCAUGACGGGGAUUGUUCUCCUUGUUCAGUUUUAGUCUCCCAGAAGUGUCGGUGUGGCUCAACUUCCAAAACGGUGGAGUGCUGUAAGAAAACAAUGGCGAAUGAGAAAUUUACUUGUGAAAAGCCUUGUGGGAAGAAAAGGAAUUGUGGAAGGCAUCGUUGUAGUGAACGGUGUUGUCCGCUCUCUAAUCCAAAUAAUAUUCUAAAUGCAACGGAUUCGGAUCCACAUCUAUGUUCCAUUCCAUGUGGAAAGAAGCUACGUUGUGGGAAGCAUGCGUGUGAUUCCAAUUGUCACAGUGGUCAUUGCCCACCUUGUCUUGAAACUAUAUUCACUGAUUUGACAUGUGCUUGUGGCAAGACUUCAAUCCCUCCUCCACUGCCAUGUGGUACACCGUCGCCUUCAUGUCAACUUCCAUGUUCAGUUCCUCAACCUUGUGGCCAUCCAGCAUCCCAUAGUUGUCAUCAUGGAGAUUGCCCUCCCUGUGUGGCUCCUGUAGCAAGAGAAUGUGUUGGUGGGCAUGUAGUUCUUAGGAACAUACCAUGUAGCUCAAGGGAUAUAAGAUGUAAUAAGCUCUGUGGAAAGACUAAACAAUGUGGUUUACAUGCCUGUAGCAGAAUAUGUCACUCCUCACCUUGUGAUAAUCAGCAUGUUGUGCAAGGUAUUCGAACUUCAUGCGGGCAAUCAUGUGGCGCUCCGAGGAGAGACUGCCGACAUACAUGUACAGCUCCUUGUCACCCUUCAUCUCCAUGUCCAGAUAGAAGAUGUGGAUUCGCUGUCGCAAUCACCUGUACAUGUGGUCGUUUAACAACAAAUGUCCCAUGUGAUGCUGGUGGUAGUGAUGUUGAUUCUAUGCAUGAAGCUUCCAUUAUUCAAAAGUUGCUUGUGCCACUUCAACCGUUGGAUCCAAAUGGCAAAAAAGUUCCUCUUGGACAGCGAAAACUGAUGUGUAAUGAUGAGUGCGCUAAGUUGGAGCGUAAAAGGGUUCUUGCAAAUGCUUUUGAGAUUAGCACUCCAAAUCUAGAUUCCUUCCAAUUUGGUGAGAAUUCUGUUGCUCAUUCUGAAUUACUUGCUGAUUUAUUGAGGCGUGAUAGUAAAUGGGUUUUGUCCGUCGAGGAGAGAUGCAAGUAUUUAGUACUUGGCAAGGGUAAAGGAACUACACAUGGUCUAAAAUCCCAUGUUUUCUGUCCCAUGCUAAAGGAUAAGAGAGAUGCAGUGAGGAUGAUUGCUGAUAGAUGGAAGCUUGCAAUAAAUGAAGCUGGUCGGGAGCCAAAGAAAUUUAUAGUUGUUCAUGUUGUCCAAAAAUCAAGAGCUCCAUCACGCGUGCUAGGGAUUAAGGGUACUACAACCAUACCUUCUCUCCUUCCUCCUGCAUUUAACUCUUUAGUAGACAUGGACCCUCGAUUGGUCGUCUCUUUUCCAGACUUACCAAGAGAUACAAAUAUUUGUGCAUUGGUGUUGAGAUUUGGUGGUGAGUGUGAACUUGUUUGGUUAAAUGAUAAAAAUGCAUUGGCUGUUUUUAACGAUCCUGCCCGAUCUGCAACUGCAAUGAGAAGGUUGGAUCAUGGAAGUGUAUAUCAAGGAGCUAUUGUGGCUGUUCCAAACACAGGGACAUCUGUAGCAUCUUCAGUUACAACUGACCGAGGAGGAGCUGAGACAGUGAAAGGCGGUGCGCUGACAACAUUGACGGGUUAUAUGUGGAAACAGGCUGUUAUUAUAGAACCAGCUUGUAGAGAAGAUUCUUGGGAUGAUCAAGAGGGGACUACUGAUUGUGCAAAUAUUCAAUCAUCUAUUUGGAAGAAAGAAGCACCAAUUUCUACUUCAUCAAAUCCUUGGACUGUCUUAAAUCAAGAAUGGUCUUCAAGUUCAUCUGCUAAUGCUUCUAUUAAAGCUGACACUAAUAUGAAACAAACUGAAAGUAAUUCUGUGGCAAAGUCAGAAUCUGGUGAUGGUGGUUCAAAUCUAGAACACCAGCAUGGAAGAGCCUUUGACACUUUGGAAGCUUAUGAUGUAGUAGAUGAUUGGGAGACUACUUGUGAAUGAGGAUGAAUGCACAAGUAGUCAUUUAUUUUGUCUUCACUCUUACAUUUUUUGUUUAUUAAAAAAAAUAUUUCUCCAUUGUAAUAUUGAAAAUUCAUAAGUUUAUAUUGACCAAGCACAUUCAAGCUAAUGUAAUUAUGAGUUUUAUUUGCUAAAA